AUGUGCCUGGAAGAUGAAGCAAUAAGAUCAUCAGGUAGACAUAAGAAUGACAACAUUUUGAUGAUAGAUCCAAGGCUUGAUAAAACUAAGUUCUAUGUAGUAGGAGCUGGAAUAUUUACAGGGGUUACGGUUGCACUUUACCCUAUUUCUCUUGUGAAGACCAGGCUGCAGGUUGCUUCAAAGGAUGCUGUGGAGAGGACUGCAUUUUCAGUUAUCAGAGGCAUACUGAGAACAGAGGGGAUUCCUGGUUUAUACAGAGGUUUCGGCACAGUCAUUGCAGGAGCCAUUCCUGCCAGAAUUAUAUUUCUUACUGCAUUAGAGACAACAAAAGUGGCUGCUUUUAGGAUGGUUGAACCAUACACAUUAUCAGAACCUACAAAGGCAGCCAUUGCAAAUGGAAUUGGUGGCAUGAUAGCAUCACUUUUUUCUCAGGCUGUAUUUGUUCCGAUUGAUGUGGUAAGCCAAAGGUUGAUGGUGCAAGGAUACUCGGGCCAUGCACAAUAUAAUGGGGGCCUGGAUGUUGCUCGUAAGAUUCUGAAGUCAGAUGGCAUUCGAGGACUGUAUAGAGGCUUUGGUCUAUCUGUUGUGACUUAUUCCCCAUCUAGUGCUGUAUGGUGGGCAAGCUACGGUUCUAGCCAACGCUUCAUCUGGGAGUGA